AUGGUCGUGCAUAUAAAAUUCUUGCGUUCAUGGCGCUUCCGCAUUUCUCUCCCCGAGGUCGGUAGUCGCCCUCCCGAAGACUACAACUCCCAGAGGCCUCUGCGGCCACUUCCGGCGCUCCCGGGCUCCCCGCGUGUGGGCUGCCGUGGUUACCUGGGCUGUCGCGGGCUGUGGAUUCGGGGUCUCCAACGCCUCAGCCGUUGGUUUCCCUCAGUUUUCGCACCCCGGGGUGCGUUCUGUGAAUGUCCCUCAGUACUGACUACACGUUCGGCCGUCGCCGUUUACUCUAGCGCCCUGUGGAGAGACGGGAGAAACCGGGUGGGAAUUGGGAGAGAGCCAGAAAGCGCGCGAGGACGUGACAAUGAUCUUGGGGCGCCUGCAAGCCAAGAGAGAGAAAUUCCAUUUUCCAAACCAAAGGUCAUUUCUCAACUGGAGCAUGGGGACGAGCCCUGGCUAGAAGAGAGUCAGCAUUCUGUGAGCCUUUCAGGAAAGCACUAUCCAGAAGAUCAGAAGCAGCAGCAGAAACUCUUCAAUAAAGUCUCUACUGACAGAGAAGAAAUUCAAGAACGAAAAGACUCUAAGCCCUUGUUAGGUAAAGGACACAAAAACAGUGCCUCAAAGGAAUUCUGCAGUCCUCCUGAAGAACAGGAAAAUACAACAGAGAGUUUAGGGUUUAGCCCAGACCAGAGGACCAAUCUCACAGAAAAAGUAUUUCAUAGUUUAGAAGAAUCAGGAUUUGGAGCAAUAAAAUACAGAGAGUUGGGGCUAAGAUUUAUCAAGGAGUCAAACCUACAUGGUCUCCAGAAGACACACUCAGAGUGGGGACAGUACUUUGGCAGCAUGUCUGAACUCAUCAGAAAUGAAAGGACACACCUUGGGGAACAGCCGCAUGUGUGUAAGGAAAGUGGACAAAGUUUUACUUGGAAAUCAAACCCCUCUGCACAUCAGAGGGAACACUCAGGGGUUACACCUUAUGUGUGCAAGGAAUGUGGCCAGAGCUUUAGCCGGAAAUCGAAUCUUAUUACACACCAGAAGGUACAUUUGGGGGAGAAGCCUUAUAUUUGCAGGGAAUGUGGGUGUGGCUUUCGCCAGCAUUCACACCUCAUCCGGCACAAGAAGAUACAUUCAGGAGAGAAGGCUUAUGUUUGCAGAGAAUGUGAGCAAAGCUUUAGCCAGAAGUCACACCUUGUAAGUCAUGUACGGACACACACAGGAGAGAAACCUUAUUUAUGCACAGACUGCGGGCGUCAUUUUAGCUGGAAGUCCAAUCUCAAGACGCACCAGAGGUUACACUCAGGGCUUAAACCUUACUUGUGUCUGGAGUGUGGUCAGCACUUUAGCCUGAAGUCAAACCUCAAGAAACAUCAGAGAUCUCAUACUGGAGAGAAGCCAUUUGUCUGCAGAGAGUGUGGGCGAGCCUGUACCCGGAAAUCAACCCUCAUCUCCCACCAGAGAAUCCACUCCGGGGAGAAGCCUUUUGUCUGCAGGGAUUGUGGACGAGGCUUUAACCAUAAGUCAGGCCUCAUCUCACACCAGAGGACACAUUCAGGUGAGAAGCCGUUUGUCUGCAGGGAGUGUGGUAGAAGCUUUAACCAGAAGCAAAACCUGUUCAGGCAUCGGAGGACACACACUGAUGAUAGGGCCUUUGUGUGCAGAGAGUGUGGGCAAGGUUUCUCUGACAAGUUGACUCUCAUUCAACAUCAGGACACUCAUUUUGGGGGGAGGCCUCAUGUGUGCAGCGAAUGUGGGCAAGGCUUUAGCAGGCAGUCACACCUUAUUCGACACCAGAGGAUGCAUACAGGAGAGAAGCCUUUUAUUUGCAGGAAGUGUGGUCGAGGCUUCAGUCAGAAAUCGAACCUGGGCAGACAUAUCAAAGGACACACUCCGGAUGAAAGCCUUGUGGAAUGAAAUCGCUAGCCAGGAGCCAGCUUCAUAUCUGAGAGGGGAUACUUUGAGCUGUGGCUUUAGAAAUGUUGGCAGUUGCCUCACACCAAAAUAGAGACAU